ACGCUCUGUCCCGUGCAGAUGCUGAGGAAUGGACCGAAGCGGCCCUGCUCGAGUUGCUGGCGCAUCUGCGCAACGGCACUUGGACAGUAGUGGAGCUGCCGCCUGGCAAGGUGGCCAUUGGCUCGCGCUGGGUGUUUAAGCUCAAGCGCAACCCGGACGGCACCAUUGACCGCUACAAGGCUCGCCUCGUCGCCCAGGGCUUCUCCCAGCGUCCCGGGUUCGAUUAUUUCGAGGUCUUUGCCGGUACACCGCGUUUUGAGGCCAUCCGCGCCGUCCUGGCGCUCGCUGCGUGCGAGGAUCACCACCUGCGCUUCAUUGACGUCUCCAACGCGUUCCUCAACGGCGAGAUAGACGCGGAGGUCUACAUGCGCCAGCCUGAGGGCUUUGAGAGCGGUGGACGCAAUCUGGUGCUUCGGCUCAACAAGGCGGUCUAUGGGCUCAAGCAGGUCCAAAUCUUCAGGGGACAGCAUUUUUCUCUAUGCUAUUGUCAGCCUUCUUCCCUAAUCAGCCCACAAUGCCCCUAUCAUACACCCCCCACUCACGUAUUGAUGGUACUCUGCUGCGGGCUUAUCACAUUUGUGUCACACUUCAUGAUGUAUUUGUUAACACUGCUCUUUCCUGUGGUUAAUUAG